GGGUCGUGCUCUUGUUACCUUCCAGCGAAAUGCUUCCCUCGCUUCUAUAUUCAUUUAUAUUGUACUUUGGAUUGGUGAGCUGUGGCACUCCUACUCCUCAAUCGAUUCCUCUCGCCGUUCGUUCUCCAUAUUUCUCGGCUUGGCUGCAGGCGCCCGCCAAUUUUGUGCUGAAUAAUACCCUUGGUUGGGCCGGUUUCAUUAAUGUUGAUGGCACUUCGUAUGUCUGGAUGGGUGAGCCUAACGUUCCGAACACUCGGUUCAACAAAACAGUUCAGCAAAGUGUCACGAUUACGGCUACCCAGAGCACAUUCGUUAUGACUGCGGGUCCCGUUGCUCUCACCAUCAUUUUCCUGAGCCCCGUUGAGCCAACAGAUUUAGUGAACCAAUCAUUCCCAUUUGCAUACAUGGCGAUGUCAGCCAAAGCAACUGACGGCAACAGCCACAAGGUUCGGCUAUACAGUGAUAUCAGCGGCGAAUGGCUGUCCGGUAACGACGACAUGAUCAUGAACUGGACAACCUCAACUACGGGCGAUACCAUAAUUCACCAAUCACAGCUAGAGAACCAGACUGCGUUGGUCGAUAUUAACGACCGCAUUCAGCAGGGAUCGUCAUAUUUUGCCUCGUUAAAUGCCUCUGGAGUCACAUGGCAAACUGGCCAGGACAUUGUCGUUCGUGCGCAAUUCAUCAACAACAGCGUUCUUUUGAAUACAGAAGACAACAAGUUCCGCGACAUUAACGAUGAUUGGCCUGUUCUCGCAAUCUCUCAUGAUCUUGGGACCGUCUCGAACACGCCACAAACAGCGGUGAUUGCAAUCGGCCUUGUUCGAGAUCCCGUCAUUGAGUAUGUCACUGCUGGGGGUGGGACUCAAAACCGUAGUCUCUACUUCUGGACACGCUUUUCGUCGAUAGAAGAUGCUAUCACCACUUUCCUGGGAGACUACGACAACGCAUUGGCUAGGGCGACGAAGUUCGACGCACAGGUCGUAACAGACGCGGGGAACGCCAAUCUUCCACCUAACUAUCUUUCACUCGUGGAAUGGUCCAUCAGACAAGCGUUCGGCGGUAUCGAGAUAACUGUUUCGAAGGAUAGUACCGGCGCAUACAAUUCGUCAGACGCUACCGCUUUCUUGAAAGAAAUUUCCAGUUCAGGUAGGACGAGCACCGCUGAUGUCAUAUUCGCCGCAUGGCCUUUGUUCUUGUACACCAAUCCUGCAAUCGGCAAGGCUUUGCUUCUUCCUCUGCUCGAAUACCAGGCAACAGGACAGUAUCCAAACAAGUGGGCAUGCCACGACUUAGGUCCAGCAUAUCCACAGGCUCUUGGCUAUCCCAAGGGGAAUGACCUUUUUGCGCCUGUUGAAGAAAGCGCCGAUAUGUUGAUCAUGACUCUUAGCUAUGCUCAGAAGUCGAAAGACACAUCUCUGAUUAAAACCUACUACAAUCUAUUGCAACAAUGGGCCCAGUAUCUGCAAGAGAACACGCUGACGCCUAGUAGCCAGUACAGCGCUGACGUCUUUGCGGGCAUGCUGCCCAACCAGACUAAUCUCGCGAUGAAGGGUAUCAUCGCCCUUCAGGCGAUGUCAGAAAUGGCCACCAUGAUCAGCGAUUCCUCUCUCAGCUCGACGUACGCUACGACUGCAAAGACGUACGUGGGACAGUGGCAGACGUUAGCCACAGCCGCGGAUGAUCUUCACUUGACAUACACGUAUGGCAACAGCUCUAGCUGGGGGCUUUUGUAUAAUUUGUAUGCGGAUAAACUCUUGCAGACAAAUAUCAUACCAGGCAGUAUUUACGACACACAAUCCUCCUUCUACUCUGAGUCCCAGAAUAACAAUCAGUUUGGAAUUCCGCUCAACACAUGGAACACCUCUGCAUUGACUGGGUGGGAGAUCUGGAUGGCAGCCAUUGUGAACGACUCGUCUCUUCAGGCCAGCCUUAUCAACGACGUAUAUCAGUACCUCACAGAUGGCCGCUCCACCGCUCCAUUCCCAGAUUUGUACGACACCGUAUCCGGAGACACUGCACCUCUGUUCUAUAGGAACCGACCUGUGGUCGGUGGGAAUCUAGCGUUGCUGGUGUUAUCUCAGUCGAGCUCCUCAAAUCCGAACACUAACUCAUCAAGCGGAACUAGCAGCAGUCCACCGUCUCCCACGUCAACGGGUGGUCAUUCGUCGUCAGUCGAGACCCUGGCAUCGGCAAGAACUGUCAGUGUGGUCUUUGCGUUAGUGAUUGCGGUGACAGUCUCUGCACUGUUCUGAGGUACCAAGUUUGUUGCAUAUGGACAAUUAGCAUACGUACAUGUAAGAUCUGGUCAUAUUUUAGUG